AUGGCCGGGGGAAUUGCUGCUCCUGAAGGUCCUGUGGGCCAGCACUUGGGCUCUGAGGUGUGUGUAGUCCUUCUGAUGCGUCCGGGACAAGGAUCUGCUCGUAGCAUUUUUGUUCCCAACAGGUGUAAAUUAGAAGCAACAGUGUUAAAUGUGUCAAAAGCACUACACAUGGGAGGUGAACCAAACAAAGCCACACUCCUGGAGCUUGUAACUUGUCCCUUCUGUACCGAGUCCCAGGGAACUUGCAUGGCUGAUACAUUUGUAUUUGUGCAGGAGGCUGUGGACCACUGUCUGCCCGUGGCUGACGAGCCCACCUCCCCGAAGAAGGCGAAGAACAUCCCUGACCGCCCUGACUUGGAGAGCUGGUUCUCACCCCCUUCCCCUGAGUGGGCCACUGUGAGGGUCAUCCCUGAGGAGGAGAUGGCCGAGCACAACCUUCUCGCUAUCCGAGUCAUGGUCACCAGCGAUGCAAGCAGCUGGACGGCCAGGCCCCUGGUUCCCCGCCAGCAGCAGGAUGCGGCACAAGGGGCAUCUGUCACUGGCGUGGCUGGUGCCAGUGGCUGCGAGGUCAGCCUCCCGCUGCUGCGGCAGCUCGGGCACCAUUCACCUUGUGCUGCUCCAGCAGGCCAGCCUCUGCCUAAAAAGGGGGGACGAGAGAAAUUGCAAGUCACAAAUGGCACUGCUGAGCUGGCUGCAGGGCACUCGGCUGAUUACAGCAUUGCAAAUGCUGCGAUUUCCCUUUCUUCAUCCCGUUCUGAGCUGGAGUCUGAUUUUAAUGCCAACUCGAUGAACUCGGAGGUGAGCAAAGGACAGACCUCGCUGCCAGAGCCCUCCACCUGCCCAAGCCCUGUCCGGAGGUGGGCAUCGCUCGCCAAGAGCACCGUGAUGCCAGAGGAAAACCCCAAAACAUCAAAAGUUGCUGAUGGUUUCCCUCUACUGUCCGGCAAGAAGCCUGGGUUGCACUGGAAGGACAGCUCAGCCAGCUGUCAGAGUGGUCCUGGAGAGGAUCACUCACAAACACAGUUGGCUUCUUACAAGAAACCAUCAGAAGAUACAAGAGGACAUUUCAAACCACACAGCCCAGUAUUUCAAAGAAAAGAAAAAGCCAGAGAGAUGCCUGAAGACAUCCAUGUCUAUGUGCCCCAUUGUCCCUUUCAGAGCAGCACCAGAGGUUCUCUAUGGAUCACUCCUGGGAAUGGGACACUGGCUGCUGAUUUUUCUGAGCCUGAAGAUAUAGAUGAUGAUGCUCCACCAGCUUUGUCAGUUAACGCAAAAGGUGCUCUGAGGAGUCCAGAUGCAGUUGCCAGGGAGCACACAGCUGGCCAGCCAAAAUCACCACUGAGGCUCAUAGCCAAUGUGAUCAAGAGGUCCAUUUUGGAGCCUCUAACCUCAUCUCCAGAAGGACUAAAGCAGGAUUCUGACAGCAAAGCCAAAGCUUCUUCAGAACAAGCUUUCUUCAGCUUCCCCAGUAUUCCUAGCUAUUCCCUAAGCCAAAGGAACAGUAACAAUAACAGAGCAAAUAACACUCAGCCACAGGAACUUAAAGGAAGGGAGUGGGCAGGAGAGUAUUUAGGAAAUGGGAGCCCUCCCGCAAAUCAUUCUCAUUUUUCUGUUGACUCUGAAAAGAGAUCUCUAAGGGAUUACAGUGAGGAAGUAUCCUUCCCAGUCUACAGUCCUCACACCAGGCCUUCCAAGAUGACCAGUAUACCUCAGAAAUCAUCUUGCACUAGGAUGGAGGAUGUCCCAGGACUCCUAGAAAAGUUUACGUUUAAAGAGACUUCUCCAGGGACUCCCACGGAUGACACAUUUGUCUGUAAUGAAAAGUACCUCCUUCUUUCAUCUCCAGAGCCCAAGAAAACUUCCAAGGACAAUCUGGGUGACUCUGCACAGAAGGCCAAUCUUGGGUUGCUCUUUGAUAGACCAAGAAGUAAAGUUCGUGACAGAGAAGGGAAUUUCUUUGUGUCAUCUCUGCCUUCUGUGAAGGACCGUUCUCCAGAAGACAGGCUACGUUAUCCUUCCACAGGAUGUGAACACCUACCUGUCAGAAAACAAGCUUCUGAGUAUUCUACUUCUUCCUCCGAUGAUGAAUUUGAAUCCAAACCUUCAUUAACACACAAGGCAAAACGGACUCUCAGAAGGAGAAGAAAGCUGGAGAAGGAGACAAAGCAAUUGAUUAAACAAGAGGAGCUGAAGAGGCUUCACAAAGCACAGGCAAUCCAGCGCCAACUAGAAGAAUUGGAAGAAAGACAAAGAGCUCUGGAGAUUUUUGGUGUCAAACUGGAGAGAGAACUAAGGGGAGAAUCAGAUUCAGGUGCAAAGGAUGAAACCCAGAUGCUACAUGAAUGGUUUGAGCUGGUCCUGGAGAAGAAUAAAUUAAUGCGUUAUGAGUCUGAGCUCCUGAUUAUAGCCCAAGAGCUAGAAUUGGAGGACCACCAAAGCAGGUUGGAACAAAAGCUGAGAGAGAAAAUGGCCAUUGAUGACAGCCUCAAAGAUGAGAUGGAUCUGAAUGAGGAGAAUGAAAUUUUUGCUGAGAUGAUGAAAGUGGUUGAAGAAAGGGACAAACUUGUGUCUACCUUAGAGGAGCAGAGAGUGAAAGAAAAAGCGGAAGACCAGCACUUUGAAAGCAUUAUAUUAUCUAGAGGCUAUCAGCUGAGCAGGAUUUAA